AUGGAUAUACUGGGUGCACUAUGGGCCCGGUCCACGAGAAUCAUGGAGAUGCAAAACAAAAAGGAUUCAACAAACUCGUCUGAAGCAUUCUCUUGUUUUCUGAAGCAGGCCCCAUUUUAUGUGGUGUUUCCAGCUACUAUAAGCCUUGGGUGCUUGUAUUUGUCCAAGUCAUCCAACCUUCAGGACUUGCUGUUGGUUAAGCUGUCAAAAGAGAUGUAUGAUAAUUUUGUUUCUUCUUUCCGCCUUGUGUUUUUCUGGUUUCAUCAUGUACAGGUAAAAGUAUUGCAGCAUGAUCUCUUCACAAAUGAUGUUCUUUACACUGAAAUAGUAUUUGACAUGAGUUUACUGAAGCAAGAACUUCUUCCUAUAGUUCCACUCUUUUGUCAAUCAUUACUGGAGAUGGGUACAAAAGAUCUGGACUUUGGGCAGUUAAAUCAAUUAAUUGGAAGGAAGACAGGUGGCAUACUGUAUUCUCUUUCACCUCAUCAAAAAGAGGGUUUGAACCUCCUAUUAGUCAUAUUAUUGUUCGAGGUGAACUGUAUUCUCCAAGAUGUUCAGUUUGCAGAUCAAAAGCGCUUCAAGCAGUUUGUCUCCCAAACUGCAAGAAUGGAUGCAAAGUUAAAUAGUGCAGGGUGGAUUAGUGAACAAAUGGGUGGUGUCAGUUACCUGGAAUAUUUGAAAGAUCUUGAAGAGAAAGUGGAACACGACUGGAAUGGAAUUUCAUGUGUUCUUGUUAGGGGUAUAGUCAAGAUCAAUGGAGCUUCUUGUGUUAACAGAAAGAAUACUGUUGUAGCACUAGCAUCUUAUGAAAAUGGAGCUUCUUGUGUUAACAGAAAGUGUUAUUAG